CUUAUGGACCUGGUCGCUCUCAGGCUUCUCUCUGAUCAGGCCACUCCUUUUGAAUUAUCACGUGGUUCCGACAUUCCGAUCAGUCUGACACAAUUGUUGAGGCAGUGAGACGUAGUUCAACUUGGGUUGUGGAUUGGUGAAGCAUAGUGGAAAUGUCCGCACCGGUGAAGAAGCGUGAGAUUCAGGCAAAAGUACUCGAUGCCGAUACAGAUCCUGUUUCUUCGUCGUUGUCUAACAGUGAGGAUGAGGAACAAGAAGCAGUGGAGAUCCAAAUAGAUUUUGAAGGUCGUAAUGCACAGGAUCCUGAUUAUCAUGGAAUCAAAACCUUGUUGAAACAACUUUUUCUCAAAGCACAUAUUGAUUUAGGUGGACUUACAGAUUUAAUAAUAUCUCAAAAUUAUGUAGGAUCUGUUAUUAAACAAGCUACUGAUGAGAAUGAAAGUGAAGAUGAGGAUAAUGAUGAUGAGGUUAAUGAUGUAUUUGGUGUUACAACUGUUAUCAACAUUUCGGAUAAACAGAAUAUUCCAUGUAUACAACAACUUAGAGAUUUAUUGAAGCAGUUAGCGGAUGAGCAUGCGACAGAUGCGGCUAACACCAUGAUAAAUAAUUUAUUGGGAAAUGACGCGGAACAGUUGGGUUUGCUUAUUAACGAGAGAUUCGUCAACAUUCCUGCCAAAAUCUCAGUGCCCCUUCUUGAACAUUUAAUUUCCGAAGUGGAACGUGCCAAUAACAGGAACAUGCCCUUUAAUUUCUCGUAUUACAUAUUUAUAUGUAAAUUAUACAAAUCAGAUGACAAGAAAAUCGAGAAUACAAAAAACAAGAAGAAAAAUAUCGAUAAUGUGCCGUCUGUAUUAUGGAGCAAUCCAGAAGAAGAGAUUUUUGCGGAAGAUGCAACUGUUAGUUUUGAAUUCUCCGUUGAAGAAGAAGCAGAUAGUGGCUUAUCUGGAAAAUGGACUGAGAGAGAUGAUGAAAUGACACCUUAUAGACGAGUACUCCUUUUUGAAGCUUCCAAAUUGCCAUUAAUAUUACAAAAAAUACAGAAUCAAUUUUCUCAAUAAAUUUGAUAAGUAUAUUAAAAUAUAAUUACAUUGGCAGAACAUGCGCGAUGGAGUUUUCGCUUGGUCCUUUAAUGUGUAAUAAGAAUGAAAAAUGUGCUUUUCAGAGAAAACAAAUUUUUGUAAUUCCUGCGAACGACAAUGUGUAAUCGUGAUAGCAUGUGGAGUAAGCUUUUUAUAAUACAUCUUUUACACAAUGCUUCAUAAUUGCUACAAACUGUUUCUCUAUACGCCUAUAUUUCUCACUCUUUUUUUUUACUCUUAUUUUUUUUUAAUCUUAAGGUGUAACAGUUUCUUAACAUAUAACAGUUUCCAUAGUCAAUCCGUCGAUUCUAUAUCAGACUUCAUCUUCAGACAGUAACAGCUGUAUAAAAAUUUAUAAUGGAAUAUAUAAAUUUCGUACAUGUUUUUAGAUUGAGCAAGAUAGAUCUAGGUGACCAGUUAUGCAUAUAAAUUAACAAAAAUUAACAUAUAUGUAUAGUAUAUAUACAUAGAGUAUAUAGUACACAUAUAUAUUGUAU